AUUUCAAAAAAAGAAAAGCUCAAGCCCAGUGGCCUUACUAAUUAAGAAUUAAACAUCUAAAGAGGGAAUAUAUCAAUUCUUCCAAAACUCUAUGAGACAGGGGAGCAAUGGGGAAGGGGUGCGCGCUCCGCUAGGCCUAGAUGCUCGGGGGAGGCUCGAACUCGCAACCUCAGCAUCAUCGGCACUGAUCUAUAAGCACCGCGCGCUGAGCGACUACGCCACUGGAGAACCCGCUCCCUCUCCUGGUCACAGGUUACUCAGUCUGCGUUGGCUCGGGUGGCUGUGCCCCCGGAGCCCAGGGACCGGGUCCAGCCGUGGACCCCCUGCGCCACUCUCCCUGCCGGCACGGAGCCGCACUGCUGCCCGAACGAGGAGAGGACACUUCCAAGGCGACCGGGAGGCCCCGAUGCGAGCCAGCCUCCUGGGGCUGCGCGGGUCCCGGAACCCUGUUGUCAGGGGCUCUAAGCGCCCGGGGAAACCGGAAGUUAGCGACGAGCUCGCGCACCUUCGUUAUUUUUUCCCUCCGGAAGUUGAGAUGCCUUCUGCUCCCAGGGGUUCAGGUUGCGACCUCUGACCCCGGGUCCGGGAGGAAGUACUGCUAGUGGCCGAGGAACCAGGGGUGGAGCGGACAGGGCCUCCCCCAGCCUCUCCCCAACGGCGGGAGGCGCCGAGUCCCCCGCGGACCCGGGAGAAGGGCCAACGGCUUGUCUGCUCUUGGGGCUCAGAUGAUGGUUACAUUUUAUCACGGCUUGACAGUUUUAGCCAAGAAAGUAACAGCAGUGACACCCGCGGCUUGAGCAGAGUGGCUCUGCCUCCGGUUCCCGAAACCCGCCCGCCGCGGUGAGCGAGCUCGGACCUUGGGCCGAGUCAGGCCAGACAGUGAGCGCUGUUCACCCUCAGCUGGUGGCCCAGAGCAGGUGGGCGCCCUGUCAGCGGCGCCUGUGGCAAACCUUUGCCGCCGUCAUGGUGCCUUGAAGCAAUGACAAAAGCAGCACGAAGUAGCUGAUCACAGAUCAUAACGAUGAAAUACUGACAUGAAGGGAGCAGAUGCUGUUGGGAAAAUAGUGCCACACGCUGGCUGCCACAAGCCUUCCGUUCAUAGAAGAGGCAACACGCCUGUCUUGUGCUGCGCUCUAUUAGGCUUUGCAGAUGUUGCGUUCUGGUGUCGCUUUCCCUCCUGCUAACACAGCAUCCAUUCUGCAGCCUAUGUAACAAGAAGUAAUUUCAAGGGGGAAAAAGUGAUUUCAACUUUCAAGUCUUAUUACUUAAAUAUUUUUGUAAUCCUAUAGCUGUUAGAGAGCAGGCAGCAUUUUCAAUCAUGUGAGCAGUGUGUUUGCAAAAGAAAGAAGUUAGUUUCUAGCCCUUUAGGAAACUGAAAUGUCAAAUUUCAUUGUAUAUUUUAAACUACAUGUUUUGAAAAGUUUCAUACAUAUGGGCAUUGACAUAAUUAGAUCAUGAACUCCCCUGUGAUCAAUCAGAAUCAUCAACAUUUUCCAGUCUCAUUUCCUCUAUCUUUUCACUAUGUUUUUUGUGAGGUGGGAAGGUUGGGGUGGGGGAGGGAAUAAUUUAAAGUUAAACCUAGAGCUAUCAUAUCAUCCUAAAUUCUUCAGUUUGUAUGUCUUAGAGAUAAGAACUUUUUAUCUUAUAAUAUUUAUAAGUGCAACACCACUACCACAUUCAGCAAAUGGAGCAGUAAUUUCUCUCUCUUUCUGUAGCAGUAAUUUCUUACUAUAAGAAGUUACUUGUACAAAAAGUAAUUGGCAAAACUAGUAUUUAAAUGAAGGUUUCCUAUCUCCAGUUUCUCCUUGACUCCUUUCCCAAGCCAUUUUAAACAAAACAAACAAACAAAAAAACACAGUUGUAUAAUUUUAAGGGGCAACUUAAAGUUGAUGUGGAGUAAGUGAUUGUUUUUAAUGUGUGGACUGAGGUUGUAAGUAAGAGAGUAGGGACCAAUGUUGACAAUGGAGCGUUUGCCUGUAAAUAUGUUUACAGUUUCCAUCUGUUCCGUUUUUGACAUCAGCAGAAAUCAGUUUGUCCAUUUGCUUUGUUUUCCUGGGUCAGUUCAAAGUUCAGGCUCCCACCAACCUAGAGAUGUAAACAUAUUGCCUUCAAAGGUCGACUCCCUGCGCCUCCUGGCUGGGUCUGUGUGCACAGGAUUGUCAAAAGCUCUCUCCACCUUGUUGAGUUAUUUCUCAUUUCCUGCCACGAAUAUUCCUUGUCUCCCCAGCCAAGGCCACUGCCCCGCUGUCCUCGUUCAGUAGCACAACUGAUCAACACAUGACCCCCUAGUGCUCGGCUGGCGAUGCACUGCUGUUGCGCUCCAGCGUCCUAGCCAGUCCUGGGAAUAUGAGGGGAAAGGAUAUACCCAACACAAAUUGCCCGUGGAGGGACACUGACCGUUCCUGGAUCAUUCAUUCAUUCAUUCAUUCCACAAAUAUUUAUGCAACGCUUGCCUUGUGCCAGUAAAGUUGCAGGUGCUUAGAAUUCAUAGUCAGCUCCCUUCUGUAUGAGAUGUGGGAUCACUAGGCCACACCGCAUUCUGGUCCUCACCUGCACGGUCACCGGGUCGGCCCUCCUGUGGUGGGCCUUCAGCCUGUCCACCUGGGCGAAGGUGGACGUCCCCGACAGCCCCCAGGUCCUGUUCAGCGCCCUGUUUGCCAUCUGCAGCCAGGAGAUCAGGUGCUGGGUUCCUCCAUCCAAGUCAUACUGCUUCACAUUUGGUCGAAUUUUCAUGAUCAGCGCCCUUCUUCUCUCCUUCUUCCUGAACAUCACACUCCUGGCCUUCCCUCAUGCCCUUCCUGAUUCCUGGAAACAGUACUUUGUCUUCACCAUCACCUGCUUCAUCGUAGGUGUCUGUGUGCUCCUUGCGUUGCUGCUGCACUCUCUGUAUAUUUGGAAGGUAACUGACAUAUUCAAGGAAGCGAAAGUCACCUUUCUCUACCCCUCUUUCAUCCUGUCCGUCAGCAUCACGCUGUUUUUCUUGUCUGGAAUUCUCUGCCUCGUCAGCGCCCACCACUGUUGGUUUCAGUGUGUUGUGCAGCGGCCGAUUCAGGUGAAACCCAUGCAAACACCCGUGGCCAGUCCUUGCCCUGUAGCCGUCACCGAGAGCAAACCGGGUGGAGACAGCUAGCCUACCCUCCGUGCGAGCGGGCUAACCGUGGAAACCUCCUGUCUAGCCUGCACCUCGAGACUUCCCAGCUCCACACUCUUGUUUAAUUGCUGUGGAAGAUGAAGAGUUGGCCUGCUCCUGGCCAUUGUUCCGAUGAGGAUUAGGAUUCCAGGCACUUGGAGAGAAGACACAGUCGGGGCUGGGGAGUGAUGAGUCUGCUUUGGGUCUUGAAGUCUUGGAAUGAAAACCUCCUCUCACCUUGAACCCGACCAAGGCCCACCCCAUCAUCUCAGUGUUUCCUGUGUCCUGCAAGGCGUGUCCUAACAGCGAGAAGCUCUUUCUCCACCUGUGUGGCCUGAGUUUUGAUAUAAAUUCUCUGCCCUCUGGUAA